UCAUUUGUUGCCAAGCAACAGCAACUCCUACUAGCUUGCAACAGUUGGCGGUAAAACUGCUCCAGGCUGCGAUAGGAUCAUGUGCGAAGGCCCAUCCAGCAUCUCUGGACCCAUUCCCCCAGACCCUACGCUCUGCCCGGACUACUACCGGCGGCCGGACUCGGCCCAAGGGCGCCUGGAAGGAAACGCACUGAAGCUGGACCUGCUGACUUCAGGUCGCGACAUGGACUUCAGCCCUUCUCGUGGCCCCCGCAUCAGGCCUGGAGCCCGAGAGAUACUAGAGCGUGGCCAGCGAGGCGUGGGAGACGUGCUGCUGCAACUGGAGGGCAUAUCCCUUGGUUCAGGGGUAUCUCCUAAGAGGAAGGAUCCAAAAGACCAUGAGAAGGAAAACCUGAAGCGGAUCAGAGAGAUUCAGAGGCGCUUCCAAGAUCAAGAACGAAGCCGGGAGCAGGGCCAGCCUAAGCCCCUGAAGGCACUGUGGCGCUCACCCAAGUAUGACAAUGUCGAGUCCCGAGUCAAGGCCAGGAUGAAGGAGCCUGGCCCUGCCUCUGUAACAGAGCCUUCCCACUUCCUGCGGGCACACUCCCGCUGUGGCCCUGGGCUCCCACCAUCCCGUGUCUCCAGUCCUCAGCUCACCCUGCCAGGUCCCAAAGCUAAGGGACCAGGCCUGGAUGUGGAUUUCAUUAGUCACAAUGCCCGAGCUGCCAAGAGAGCCCCCCGGCGCCAUUCACGUUCACUGCAGGUCCUUGCACAGGUUCUGGAACAACAGCGACAAGCCCAGGAGCACUACAAUGCCACACAGAAAGGCCAUGUGCCCCGUUACUUGUUGGAGCGCAGGGAUCUGUGGCGGAGGGAAGCUGAAGCUCGCCAGCAUAACCAGCCAGAUCCUGCCAUGCCCCCUGGCCACACACUCAUGCCUGAGAAUCAGCGGCUAGAGACACUGAACAAUCUGCUCCAGAGUCAGAGUCAGCUGCUGCGUGAAUUAGUUCUGCUACCUGCUGGGGCAGACUCUCUAAGAGCCCAGGGCCACCGUGCUGAACUGGACCAGAAGUUGGUGCAAAUAGAAGAGGCUAUCAAGAUCUUUUCCCGACCCAAAGUCUUUGUGAAGAUGGAUACCUAAGCCCUGUCUUUGUGGGUAGAGUGAUAGGGAGAUCCACAGUGAGGAUUGCUACAUGGCUACAAAGUGCAGACUCAAGCCCUGUCACAGUUCCAAAGACAGGAACAUUGGGGUGGGCAGUCUCUCUAAAGCACUUCCUAGUCAGUAGCUGUAGAAGGACCACCCAGCCUUCCAACUCCUAUGUCAAAAUUAAACCUUUUGUACACAA